UCUGACUGAGCGCUCUGAGUCUUACCUCAAUGGUUCGUGUACUCUCCACUCCACUUUUGUACAACUACACUGUUAUACACUGCAGUGUAGCGGGAGCUCUAGCGUACACAAAUCAUCACCUUUUUUUGCUUUAAGUAACAUAGUUGGUUACAUGAUUUUGAAGAGAACAGAGGCCCGUUGCAUAAACAUUUUACCUGAGAAAACUCAGGUUGUUUUUGCCCUGUGUUAAAGUCAAUGGCAGAAAUCAGACUAACCUUACUCCUUAGUUUUCGGUUUUUACCAGACUCCAGAGAGUGAGAGACCACUCAGUGACAGUAGUAGUAGAGUAUACUAAUACUAACCUCGCACCAUGAACCGCGUCUGGCAGUGGAUUUCUAACUAGUGGGUCGCACGUGCUGGGAUCCCACUUCUGGUGUCCACAACACACGACUUCUAUGGCUUGAUUUUUCUGUGCGCGGCGGCAUGUAAUGAAACCUUGAGUGACCAGAGACAUGCAGAGUUUUCUCAGUUUCCAGAUAAUAUCCAAUUGCUGAUCAAUCCAAGAUGCCUAGCUCCAAGCCAAGGAGAAAAUAUCCAGCCAAAGAUGUGCUUGACAUUGGAGAAAAGUUCUUCCAAUACCUCGGGAGUAGAGGUCAUCAAGGGGUCACAGAGAAAGAAGCUUUACGUGACCUUUACUAUGAUGAAUUUAAGCCUUCUCUCCAAGGUGUUAAAGUAUGUGGAUUUUCAACGAUGAUCAACUUCUUGAAACGCAAUAAGAAGAUACGAGUGAAAGAUGGUCAUGUGGUUUCUCAGAGGGCCUAUGACUCUGUGACAAUUGACCAGUACACGACCAUUAGGAAAUCUGAGGAGGUUCUAAAUGAAGAAGGAUCACCAGCAAGCGGAGUUGGAGAUGGAGGGAGGCGGUCGGGCCAGCGCAAACGUUACCCUUGCCUUUGUGAGGUUUGCGGAGUGAAAGUCAACUCUGAGGUCUCAUAUAGGGAGCAUAUUCGAGGGAACCGCCACAGAGUUAAUAUGCUGAAAAAGGACUUAAAUUCGAAAAGAGGUGACCUUAUUGAAACCAAGAAUGGUGUAUCCCUUGAAACAGACUAUGAUGAUGGCAAUGGGAAUGUAACAUCUCAGAUGCAAAGAGGAACAACUAAAGAAGUGCGCUUCAUCAUCAAGUCAGUCGGUGACAGGGAGAUUGCUCUCAUAUCCAUUGCUCUUCUGCGACCUCGUAUAGAGUUCAGUGUCAAGGAUGAACAUAAGGUCUUUGAUGGGGUCAAUAUACUGAGAAUGCCCAAGGGAUGUGAAUACACAGUGCAGCUUUUAUGCUGCAAUGCCGACAAUCUGGGAAGACUUGCUAGUCCAAUUGUCUUUGCAUUUCGUCUUGAAGAUACAAGAGAGAUUUUCCAGGUCUUGCGGUUUGUUUCUGUCACUGUUGUGAGCGAUGUGAUAGAUGAUCUACCGCCAUCCAAACCAUACACCAAUCCCCCGAAGUUUACUGCCAGGGAGAAGAGAGGAGAGAUUGUAGAAGGAAUUCAACUCUCAUUCUCUUCAAAAAAUCCAUUGAAGGGUAUUCCUCUAGGGUUUUUUGAUGUGCCUCGGGACCUUCAAAACACUGUGAACAACAGACGAAACUUACCCCAACUCAGGGAUAGACUAAAACAGCCUUUAACGGUAGACAAUCAUCGGGAAAAGUUCCAUGAACUACUGUAUGUAGAAGAAUUGCAGAUGCAAGUUGACAUCAGACGGUAUGAUAGGAUAAAUCAGACACUGGAUAAGGAUAAACAACCCAACAUGCUCAGACUUCAUGUGCCUGGUCUUGCUGAGAAUCGUCCAUCUGUGCUCAGAGGAGAUCAUUUAUUUGCUCGGUUCAGUGACAAGUCUGACAAGAAAAGCUACAAGGGAUAUGUCCACAGGGUAGAACAAGAGAACCUGGUCUUGGGAUUUCAUGCCGACUUUAGGAACAAGUACAUCCGAGGUAUGAAGGUUGACAUUGAGUUCACCUUCAGCCGAUUCCCAAUUCGCAACCAACAUCAAGCUGUAGAGUCAGCAACAGUAGAGGGCAGGCUUAGUGAUGCAUUAUUUCCAGAUACAGGGAGCAAAGUCGGAACGAAAGGACAGUUUUCAAAGAUUCCAGAACUACAGGCUUUCAAAAGGACCCUCUUUGAUCAGAAGUUAUCUAUGAACAUGGAACAGGUCCAGGCUGUUCAUCAGAUUGUGACAGGAACUGCUAGACCUGCCCCAUACCUGGUCUUCGGACCUCCUGGUACAGGGAAGACUGUCACCAUUGUAGAAGCUGCCAAGCAGGUCUACCACUUGUUACCAGAAAGCAGAAUCCUGGUUAGUGCACCCUCUAACAGUGCAGCUGAUUUAGUGGCUGUUCGUCUGCUCAAUAAAGGAACACCUAUCGCUAAGACUCAUCUUAUGAGACUAUAUGCCCCAAGCAGACCACUCAUCUCUAUCGAUCCUGUUCUGAAGGAGAAGAAGUGUUGUAACCUAGGAGCUGAUGAUCUGUAUGUACCCAAUAAAGAUGAGAUCAUGACAAAGAGAGUUGUAGUAACAACCCUUGUCACUGCAGGAAGAAUUGCACUGGCCCAGUUUCCUGAUAAUUUCUUCACCCAUGUAUUCAUUGAUGAGGCUGGUCAUGCUACCGAACCAGAAGCACUGAUUGCUUUGGCUGGAGUGAUGAACCUUGAUAACCCUAAAGGAGGUCAGGUCAUCUUAGCUGGUGACCCUCGACAGCUUGGACCUGUGCUGAGGUCACCACUUGCCAUUGAGAAUGGUCUUGCACUGUCAUAUCUAGAGAGACUGAUGACCCAGUGUCCAGCCUACAGCAGGAAGGAUGAUGCAGGAGCAGCGAAUGCACACUAUGAUCAGCGAAUCUUGACCAAACUACUCCAGAACUACCGCUCUCAUCCGGACAUUCUCAAACUCCCCAAUCAGAUGUUCUAUGACAAAGAGCUCAAGGUGUUUGCAGAUGAGCUGGUCAGAGAAUCAUUCUGCAGGUGGGAUGAGCUGCCUAAACAGGGAUUCCCAAUCAUCUUCCACGGUGUUGAAGGUCAAGAUGAGCGGGAGGAGCAGAGUCCAUCAUUCUUCAACAAGUCUGAAGUUGAGAUCGUAGUAGACUAUGUCAAGAAGGUGAUGGAAAAGAGAGGAGGGCAGAAGAUCAAACAGGAGGACAUUGGUGUGAUUUCUCCUUACAGGAAACAGGUAGAAAAGCUGCGUCAGGUUCUAAAGAAGCGCCGCUUUGGUGACAUCAAGGUUGGGUCAGUAGAAGAGUUUCAAGGGCAGGAGAGAAUGGUCAUCAUCAUCUCAACUGUCCGUAGCACCAAGGCAGAGUACAUUGAAAUGGAUAUUGACUUCAAACUAGGCUUUUUGAAGAACCCUAAGAGAUUCAAUGUGGCAGUGACCAGAGCCAAAGCCCUUCUUGUUAUUGUGGGAAACCCCUUCAUGCUCAGUAAAGAUGAACACUGGAACCAAAUGUUGAAGUUCUGCAUCGAGAAUGGAGGCUACAGAGGAUGUACUUACAAUGCUGAGGAGAAUGAUGUAGACAGCAUCAUUGAACUCUUGAAGAAGGUUCAUCUUGGAAGUGUACCUACAGUAGAGGAAGUGGAAGAGGAGCUUGGAUUCAGUCAUGUCGCUCAGCAGAAUGACCCUGAAUGGAGAGGUGAAGACUAGGUCAAGUGGUCACCUCCAUAGCAACAAGCCAAAGAAUUAUUCUUAUCCAUGCGUUAUGGUUGAAUAAGGAGAGAUGGUGUAAAGAACCAACAGGAUGAGUAACAAGCCAGUCUCUGGCAUCCAUUUUCAGAUCAUUGAUGAUUUCUAUUUGGGCCAGGCUGGAUGAAUAAGCUCAGAUAGGAAAUUGAUGACACAGAUGUGUAAAAACUUUGAUAUAACAUUAACUCAUAUUAUUGUAAAUAAUGCUAAUGGUGAGCAUAGUUGAAGGGAAUGAAAUAAAGUGUUGCACAAUCGAGCAGCUGUGUUUUAGCAAGCCAAUAGACUGGGGGAUAAUUACGUAGACGGUGGAGAGUGUCUAUGCAUUCUAUGUAUGUAUGGAAGACCGAUAGAUUCUAAUAAACAGGUAAAAGUCUGUCACUAUUUCAAUGCAAUAUUUUCUGGAAAUAAGUCAUGAUCCUGGACCAAAUAGGCCAAAACGAUAAGGGAAAAUAGUAAUAAUUUCUUGAGAAAAUAUUUUUGAUAAGCUUUCACUCGUCAUGUUGCAAGAUUCAUCAAACCUAAACUGUAGAUGGCAUAGUUCCUGAUUAAGCUCAACAAAAUUGUUCACGUUACUCACAGAUGUACCUCUUCAGCAGUAAUAAAUUCUUCAAGAUGAGAUAGGACUAGUAAAAUUGCAAUUUAUACUGAUAGGCAGUUACUGAAGAAAUUAGAUUAUAGGAUAAGGUGGCAUGCCCAUUGUAUCCUAAAAUAAUCAAGAUGGCCAGAGCAUUCUGGUUUUUAAACAGAUCAAUGGACCAUCUUUUUUAAUCCUGCAAAUGAGAUAUGUUUAAUAUGGCAAUAUCAUAAUUGAAUUUUAUUGAUGAAUGAAGCAACCAUGUAGUUAUAUUUACUGGUACAUUUAAAUUUGGAUGAAUAUUUCAAUAAGGUACAGCUUUGCAUGGAAUUUUUCUGUGAAUACUGUAUAUAGACAAGCAUUCAAUUUAUUUCAUUCCAUAUGCAGUUUGUUAUGUGUCAUUAAUCAAUAAAUACAUUAGAAGUAGGAUAUAGAUCAUUUUAGAGUCAAUAUCAUAAUUCAAUUAAACCUCUUGGUAGGAUAUUUUUAUGAAUGUUUUUAUUCACAACUCUUGCCAGUUGACUAGGUGUGCAGUUUGAUAUACUUCCUAAAUAGUUACAUAAUCAUCUUGCGGUGAAAACAUUUUCAUGAUUUUAACUUUUUUACAAUUUUACUCUGCAUAUUAAUGAAUCAGUUAUUCACAUUCCAUGUCAUUUUUAUACUCUAUGAUGAUACAAUGUGUCAUAUACAAACCAUAUGCUCUUUAAUUCUGCCUUUUUUGUCUUGUUAGAUUGGUUUUAAUAAAAAUAGAAUAAUGAAAGAGGUUUGGUGAAAAUCCACCAAAGAACAAAGUAAUUUAUGUGUAACGUUGAAAAUGGUUUGACCUGAGUUUUCAAUAACUCAUCCAACACAAUGUAUGAUACACAUCAUCAUGAACCAUUAGAAAAUGAAAAUUAUUGAAUUCAUGGGGCAGUUUCUUGCAUGUGACAUUACAAAAUCAUAACUUUGGAAGUUCAGAACCCUGUGUUGGACAAUGAACAUAUAUUCCUUUGGAUUUUUAUAAUCUUCAAUAUGUUUUCCCCAUAUUUGUGCUUAUAUCAAAACAUACUUUUCUGUAUAUGUGAAAUUAGAGAGAGAUUUGAGUCAGAUUUGUAUUUAACCUGUUAAGAAGAACAUUUUUUCAUAUUUCAAGUCAAUAAUUUUAAAUCUGUAUCAUUCUUAUUAUUUUUAAUACUUAUUUCAUCAUCUCAGUCUGGCUUUUAAUAGCAUUGUGCUCUUGCCGAUAUUGUUAAUAUGUUGGACAAUAAUAAGUGCUUUUAGUUCGAAAUCAAAAUCAGUGUUUUAACAAUAUGUUUUAGCGAAAUAACUUUGUAGACACUGCAAGAAGAGAGUACACAUUAACAGCAAAAUUACAAAAUUAAAUUUUUUAGAUGUCAUAGGAGAUAUUUUUAUACCAUCUUAAGCUGGUUUUUAGGGUUUUGAUAGAAAAAUCUGUUUUUAUUCAUUUUUCUCAAUACAGAUUGAUUUGGGAAGGUUAAAUAUUUCUCUUAAGAUUGUAAAAAAUCAACUUGGAAAGGAUAGAUGUUGCUUGGUCAAGCUAUGAAUGAUCAACAACCACAGCCCUUAACCAUUCCAAAAUUUUUUUUUUCCAAAUAGUGUUGAAAUAUAGCAUCUUGCGGCUUUGAAGUGACAAUUUUGCCAUUAAGGUGUUGUUUUUCAAAUAUAAUAAAAUGGAUCAAUUUCAUUUUUACGCAGAAGUUAUUCAAUAACUCAAAGUAUUCUUCAUUAAUACCAUUAUCAUUUCUGAGAAUCUUACCUUUUGUGCUCUGUUUAGUUAGAAUACAAUGUACGUUUCCCUUUUUUACCAAUUUGUCUGAGACAGGAUAAUUUUUUUUUUAAAUUUUGACUCACAAAUGUUAAAUUUUUUCUUGUAAAUUCAUUUGAACCAUUGGGUUAAUUGUGCUGGAAAUCAGGAGAGCCGAAUGGCUUAUAUCAAUUAUUAAUAUGGGAGAAAUAAAGUAUCUGUAAAGUCUUGAAGUGCCAUAUAAAAAUUGUGAGUUUCUAUUCUUUAUCAUGUCAUAAAUUUCAUUUUGCACAAGGGUGUUAUUAUAUGUACCUUCCAAUUGAACAUAUGAAAUAAGUGAAAAGCUUUAGGUUUUUGGUCAAGGCAGUAUAGCUUACUGAACUCAAAUUGAGCAAGUUGUGCCACAUAGUCUCUUAAGAUUCCUGCUUUGAAUCACUCAAUUUGCAUUCAUAUAUAUAUAUAUAUAUAUAUAUUUUUUUUUUAGGGGGGGAUAUUUAAAUAUUUUAAUUUUAGGGUCAGAGUUUGCACAGAAAUAUAUAUUAUUCAAAGUAAUUCAAUGAUGAAAUCUCUAAAACAAAGCCACAAGUCUGUGUUUGAGCAUGGGAUGGUAUGUCUCCCCGCACACCAACAUUUACAUUUCUGCCAUGAAAGUUGAGAAAAUAGGUGGAAGGGCAUAUUGUACAUGAUUAUUGACUGAAGUCAGUUUCACAAUUGUUAAUGUUAAUGUUAGAGGGCUCAGGUCACAUCAUUCAUGGUGUUUACCAAACAGCUGUUAUUUUCAAAGGAAAUACUCUUAUUGGACUGUUAUGUAGUAAUGAUUUUGUACCCAUUCAUACACAUAUUGAGCCUUAUCAUUUUCAGAUGUUAAUAUUUUCAAAUAACUACAGUAUAUAAAUGAAUUCAUAGGUUUCAUGCAUAGUGCAUACUAUAUAGAAAUAAAGAUAACUUUUAAAAUACAA